UAUCAAACAACUCCAUCAUAAAGACCUUCGCCACGCUCUAACUUUCACUCCUCAUUGUCCACUUCUCCAAGAGGAGCCCAAAAAAAAUUCAGUCAUGAUAGGCAGACGCCUGAGUCCGGUGAUCGGAAAAACCUCUGGUGCGCCGCUUUCCGACGGAUCAACCAGUCCGAGAAGUCCUCUGGAGUUGAAAUCACCGAGAGGUCCGAAAAGUUACGAUCUUGGCGUGGUUGGACUCGCGAUAGUGGCUGCCCUAGAGACGUCUCGUGGCAAAGGCGGCGAAUUUCUGGCCCUCCGGGCUGUUUGUAACCGGCCGGUCCCGAUUCCGGUCAAUUCCGGUAGACUCGCCGGAGGUUUUGGGGAAACGGCCGCGGAAUGUUUGGAUGAAGACGAAGAAGAGUAUACUUUGGUGACCUGCCGUGGUCCGGAUAACGAGUGCUACACCCGCCUGUAUUGUGAUAGCGGUAUUGUUGGCAGCCGGAGAAGCCUGAAACCUCGCCGGCCGACCGUCUUCGAGAUUUCUCCGGCGAGAACCGGUGACUCUCCGGGAUACCCAGAUUCCGAUUUUCUUAGUUCAUGUCACAUGUGCCGGAAAAAUCUCCACGGCAAAGACAUAUACAUGUACAGGGGCGAGAAGUCAUUCUGCAGCACAGAGUGUAGAUACAGGCAGAUUGUGAUCGAUGAGUGUAAUGAGAAGAUGAUGAGUUCGGAGAUUUUAAGGUCUGAUGAUGUUUCAAGCCCCUCUCCUUGUAGUAACGGGCAGAUGUUUUCACCUGGAAUUCUGGCACUCUGAUCUACAAUAAAGCUGUAGUGAUUAGUGCAACAUAAUAAGUGAUUAUAAUCUCUAAUUUAUGGGAAAAUUCAAAACUCACUGCUUAAAGGUGUAAGGUGGAUGAAGUCCGUUUUGUAAUUAUAAUUAGUAAAUUAUGACAAGGAGAUAAGAGGGCAUAGGUUAUAAUCCCGGGUACAUACAUUUGAGAAAUUAACAAGAGGGGCUUCAAUAAUUCACUUUUCUUUUUUUGGGAUAUAAUCUUGUAAAAAAGGCUUGUCUUUAUGCUCUCUCAAUGAAAUUUUGAAAUCCUUAUGUGGGUGUUAGCUUUUGUUGCAGUUCUACGUUUGUACUUUAUGCAGUGUUUGGCUUAGGAUUUAGGAGUGACCAUUCCAGUGAAUAUAUCAUUAUUUUAUUCGUUCCGUUGAA